CGCGUCAGUCAUCGCUUCGUGUCGAUCGUGCCCGGAUAGUAGUACGUAACACUUAAGCGUCUCAGUAGACGACUGAGUAGCUAGUCUAACCGUCCCUUUCUGACGCAUUCUGAGAAACGGCAGCGAAGGCGAAGAAAGAAGUAGGUUUUCCCUGAAUAGGUAUAUUUUGAGAUCUUUCCUCGCAUUCGAAUCGAAGGUUUUACUUGAGUGAACCAGUCUAGAAAACGUGAAAAAAGUGGAAAAUUCUUUCUUGUCUCAGCAUUUUGGUGAAUAUUCUUGCAAGAAUCCAACCACCAACGUGAGCUUUGGUAGAAUAAUAGAACGUUCGAAUGAUAAUUUGUGAUUGUACGCAGUCAGCUGUGCAGAGACUGUACACCGCCGCCGCCUACUGGAAGAGGAAAUGAACGUUCGCGUUUUGGCAGUGAAUCAACGCGUGUACAAAUCAUUAGCAGUAGGAAGAGUGACGAUCUGCGUUUUGCAAGGUGUUAAUGAAAUUUGAUACUCGCUGCAUACACUCAAGAAUAUAGAGUUGGAAUUAAGCUAAUCGUUUUACUGAUGGUGGCGUAGAAACUGCGGUUCCCAGUGCGAUUAACAGUGCAAUGAGCUCGACGUCACAAGCAUUCGGAUGAUUGUGUCUAAUCAGAAAAAAAUAUGAACAAUUGUUUGGUCUGUAAUUAUUUAUUAAAAAUAUUUUUCUGAUUUGUGUAAUUUGUCUUUCAAGAUAUAUUUUAUCCUCAUGAUUAAUGUGUAACGGAUGGCAAUUAUUUCACGGUCUGAGUAAAUAAAGAAAGAACGUUCACUAAUAGACUAUUGAUACUUAUUGCUCCGCCUUCUCACCUUUGUAUAACGGCUGUCUCGGCUUAAGGUAAAACGGUCGUUAAUAAGGAAUCAAUAAGGGACUCGAAAACGGUGCCCGUAUCCCUGCCUUAAUAUCAGCUAAGAAUUCAAAACAGCGAUUUAAAGGUGAAGGCCACAACGACGGUCCGGCAUGCUUGCGGUGUAACUGCUGUUAGACGCGUAUGAAUCUGAAUGCAAAUCGGCAAACAACGAGGAUACUUUUCGCGCUAGCCAGAGGACAAGACUGAACAAAAGACACUCUCAAUGGACGAUAUCAAAGCUAAACUGAUUCCCAACACGAUCUUCAAUGACGAAGAGGAUGAGUUCAGCCUCAAAAGCCACAAGGAAACGAUUCCGUCGAUAAGGCAGCGUAACUCACAAAUCCACGCACUGGAGAACAUGGACCAGAAUGAGGAGAAAGAAAAACUGCACGAACUACACUCGAGUUUGAAGCGGACUAGCAAAGCGGUUGCUUUCAGCGACGAUGGCCCCCGGAAGCGGGCUGGCUUCGCGGCGCACGAGAAACGCGCCCCAGAUAUGAGUAGCAGCACCAGCGAGGACGAGAAAAGGUUCGUGGAAUCCUUCAUGGUGAUGGAAUUCAGUGAAAACACCGACUCCGAAACGAUUUGUUGGAUCUUGGAGAAGAUACGUGGCAAACGGAUCGAUGGCGGUGCCGAACUGCUCGUCCGCAAGGAACCAUUGACAAAAGAAACGCGUAACCUAAUCUUGCACAUAUCGGCAACUCAAAUGAAAUUUCUAGAACUCGCUGACGAUAUUGGUUUCAUGAAGCAAACCAAAAAUGGAAUCAUCAGAAACUUCAAUGUCGCCUGUCUGGAUGACUUUUUCUACGAUGAAAAUAUGGCCAUGGAGGACAUUCUAACAUCCGCCGAUCGGCAAAUUAUUAUCAAGUAUGCACUGGAAAAUAUUCGAGCCUCCGAACAGGAACACCACAUCCCGGGUACCAGAGUCCAGCUGCACCAUGGGCAGUCGAUUAUUCAAGCGGCGCAGCAUGCGGAAAUCAUAACCAGUCUUCACUCGUUGCACGACAAAUCAAAGCUACGCAAGCUACGUCAUGUAUGGAUUAAACCGACGCAACCACAGCCGAUCGACGAGAUCCGUAAUUACUUCGGGGAAAGUGUCGGAAUGUACUUUUCCUUUUUGGGUUUCUACACCUACGCACUGAUUGUGCCAACCGCUCUAGGGCUCCUGCAGAUGGCUCUGUCGGAGGAAACGGAAACGGUUCCCUUUUUCUGUAUCUUUUACGUCGUCUGGAUGAAGGUUUUCCUAGAGCUGUGGAAACGGAAAAGUUCGUCGCAUGCUUAUCGCUGGGGAACGAUCACAAUGACUAAUCUGGACGAACCCCGAGUUGGUUACUAUGGGAAGUUGGGCCGUGAUUUCAUUACCGGCAAACUGACACUCCACUAUCCCAAGUGGAAAACCUACGUGCAGAUGUACUUCGUUACGGCACCCAUUAUUUUGCUGUGCAUAUCCAUAGCAGCAUUCGUAACGAUUUUCCAAUUUUACGUGGAAAGUUACCUGGCCGAAUCGUUCGGUCUGGAUUCGUACAUAAUGUACGUGCCGUCGAUCGUGAAUGCGAUCUACAUCGCCCUCUCGACGGUUGCGUACGAUAAGCUGGCAACGUACCUAACGGACAAGGAAAAUCAUCGCACCCAAAGUCAGUACGAGCGACAUCGCGUCAACAAGCUGAUUGUGCUAGAGUUUGUCAAUAAUUUCCUCUGCCUGUUUUAUAUCGCCUUUGUGCUGCAGGAUAUGAAAAUGCUUAAAACACAGCUGAUGAUGCAAUUGAUCGUUCUGCAGUUUGUGCAAAACGUGCUGGAAAACUUGUUUCCGUACCUCAAAAAGAAGGUAGGCCUAAUCGCAGUGAAUACCUUCGUCCAGUCACGGUACGACCAGCUGCAGAAAGAAUUCGAAGAGUACGAUCAAAUGGGAAUCCAAUCACUAGAACCGGACGAUUAUCGAAUAUUGCGAAACAAGAAGGAAAGCAUUCUCGACGAGUACAACACCUACGACGACUACCUGGAGCUGUACAUCCAAUUCGGUUACAUGGUUUUGUUUUCGUCUGUCGCACCCAUGACUUCCUUCUGGGCCAUCCUCAAUAACGUAAUCGAAAUCCGACUGGAUGCAUAUAAGCUGUGUUCGUUUUUCAAACGGCCGUUCGCCAGGCGAACGAAAAACAUCGGUGCCUGGCAGCUGGCGUUCGAAACACUGGCGGUUAUUUCCAUCAUGACCAACUGCGGUAUUCUGUAUCUGUCACCCCAAAUGAGGGAAAUGGCAACCAAUUUAAGUGCGGAAACAUACGCCGUUUCCUUCCUAGUCAUCGAACACGUUCUGCUCGGGUUGACAUGGUUUAUCUACAAAGCCAUUCCGGACACUCCCCUGUGGGUACGAGUAGCUCUAGCCAGAGCGGACUACGAAUCUCGACAGGCACUGAAACGAGAAGACUAAAACCACAACCACAAGUUACACCGCCAAAACGAGAUAUUUUGUGAUAUGAUCAUUACCUUAAACACAGAGUGCCUUUAACAUAAUUGCCAUGCAUUGUGAAAAAAUACGUUGUUCAACCCUCAUUGUGUGCCCGCUAUUAAUUUAGUUUAAAACAUAAAUUAUGCUUACGAGUAACGCAUCAGGAAGUGCCACGAAAUUAACAAGAACCCAAACGAUACUGGUUUUGCCAAUUGUGUGAGAUGUGUGGCUCUAGUAGAAAAUCGUACUUAAAAACCAAGCAAAACUAGUGCACGCGAUGAAAUUACUUAAAACAUAGAGAAGUUUAACAAGCUUAAACCCAAAGUAAGUGAGUGAGCUUUUCGCGUCAAUAUACAAAUUCAAUUUACAUUAACAAAAUUAUGAACUCUUCAAUCGCGGUUUCACAGAACGCUCAACGAUCGCGCAACCUGCUGUUCAGACGCUUCCGAAGUGUGUUCGAUUCGCAUUCUAUGUUAACCUAAGGUAUGCUAAAUUCCAUCCCAUUUCCUACUCAAAUAGUCCGCAAGGUUCGAGCGCAGCAGUUUUCCGGAUGAACUGAUGGAUUUAUCAACUGCACAAUAGUCAGAGGUUUUUGUUUAUGUUUUGCUCACAAAUAAAAAAGGGUGAUGUGAUGAAAUGUUGUGAAGUUAUGUUAUGCUAUUAUUACCAAA